AUGCAUUCAGGAGAGAAACUCUUUACAUGUGAUUUUUGUGAUUAUGCAUCUAAUAAAAGCAGUAGUAUAAAAACACAUAUGACAAUACAUACAGGAGAAAAACGCUUUAAAUGUGAUGUUUGUGAUUAUGCAUCUAAUUUUAGUGCUCAUUUGAAAACACAUAUGACAAUACAUACAGGAGAAAAACGCUUUAAAUGUGAUGUUUGUGAUUUUGCAUGUAAUCAAAAUGGUAAUCUGAAAAAACAUAAGGCAAUACAUACAGGAGUAAAACGCUUUAAAUGUGAUGUUUGUGAUUAUACAUGUAAUGAUAGUGGUAAUCUGAAAAGACAUAUGACAAUACAUACAGGAGAGAAACGUUUAAGAUGUGAUGCUUGUGAUUUUGCUUGUAAUGAUAGUGGUUAUCUGAAAAGACAUAUGACAAUACAUACAGGAGAGAAAUGCUUUAAAUGCGAUGUUUGUGACUUUGCAUGUAAUGAUAGUGGUAAUCUGAAAAGACAUAUGACAAUACAUACAGGAGAGAAACGCUUCAAAUGUGACGUUUGUGAUUAUGCAUGUAAUCAGAGAGAACAACGCUUUAGAUGUGAUGUUUGUGAGUUUGCAUGUAAUUAUAGUGGUAAUCUGAAAAGACAUAUGACAAUACAUACAGGAGAGAAACGCUUAAGAUGUGAUGUUUGUGAUUAUGCAAAUUUAUUAACAGAAGUAUUCUGA